CUCCUCGGAAGCCAUGGGAAAGAGCAGGUGGCGGGACAAAUAAUCAGUUAAUAGCAGGUUAUUCACCCUUAGAAAGAGGAAACCGUUUAAGUAAUGCGAUAUUGCUAGACCGGAUCGGGCGUUACAUUGGCGUAGUCGGCAGGAUUAUUGAUUUGUUUUGGAACUUAUUUGUAUUCGUGAAAUGUCGGACAUCGAGGAACCCAUUUCUCCGGGAACAUGUACUGGCACAACGGCUAGCAGCAGCGUCGUGGCCCAGAGCCAACAACAGCAACAACAAAUAAUUUAUUUUACAAUCUGCAGGCAUGUCUCAGCGUGCUUCUGAGUUGCCACCAUGCUGUACGCCUGGAGGAAUGGAUGUAAGAGCAUCAGCUACUCCAAAUCUCAGUAGAGUACCACCUCCCCUACCUCCCAGACCAAAUCAAGUAGGAGGUUACACUCCCAUGUCACGCUAUGGUAUGGGUGGAUACGGCAUGGGUGGAUAUGGCAUGGGUGGAUAUUCCAGCAGCUUUUCUCCCUAUAGUAUGUACGGCUCAAGUGGCUUAUAUGGAAGCGGGGGAAUGUAUGGAAUUGGAGGCAUGUAUGGCGGCACAAGGUUUGGCACAGAAAACAUGGAUAGUGGUUUUAAUCAGUUUGUACAACAGGCAGAAGAGAAUAGUCGUCCAGCAUUCCAAUCUAUAGAGAGUAUAGUGCAAGCAUUUGCCUCAGUGAGUAUGAUGAUGGAGUCAACAUUUAAUGCUGUCUACAGCUCAUUUCGUGCAGUUCUUGGAGUCGCUGAUCAUUUCUCCAGGCUCAAGCAGCAUCUUGUGAGAGUAUUCACAGCAUUUGCAAUGUUUAGGACCAUUCGGUAUUUUCUAAAGAGACUAUUAGUCAUCCUAGGCCUGCGUCAGCCAGACCUGCCAGAGGAUGUUUGGUCUGAAGCUCAAAGCAGUGCUGUAUUGGAAGACAUGGAUCGAAACUUGAAAUCUAAACCAGCUCCAUCAUGGCCUGUCUUCCUGUUUUUAGCUGUUGUCUGUGGAGGUCCAUAUCUAAUAUGGAAGUUGCUGUGUUCAUAUGAUACUGAAGAGAAAGGUGUUGUUUCUUGGGCAAGUGGGGAUGAUGACCAUGUAGUUGGGCGUGUGGAAUUUGAUUUUGAAGCUUCCAACCAACAGGAAGUCAGCAUCAAGUCUGGAGACAUGGUCAACCUAGCCCCCAAAGAAAUACAACCAAAGGUUCGUGGUUGGCUAUUAGCAAGUAAGGAUGGUAAAGCUGUUGGUUUGGUUCCUGCAAAUUAUAUAAAAGUUUUAGGCAAAAGAAGGGGGAGGAAGCAUGUACAAUUGGAACAACAGCAGAUGCAGACAAGUCUUGAUGUAUCACAGUCAGCAGCAGUGGGAGGAAUGCCACAAGCAGGAGAAGCCAUUGAUCUUCAGACUGAUUUUCAAUUUGAUCAAUCAUUUACUGACCUGACACAGAAUAAUCAAUUCUCCACUGCUGACAUGAAUCAACCCCAGCAGGGAUGUUGCAAAUCAAAGAAUAACCAGAGUGGUGCUCUUACCCCACUUACAACAGACAUUGAAAGAGUUAGCUCAUCAUGUGAUAAUAACGAACAAAGAACAGCAACAGAUGUUGUGGUAACUGAAGCAGAUGUAUAGCAGAAGUAGAUGUAUAGAAUAUGAUUCUAUUGUUUAAAUGCAAACCCAAUCAAAAACAUUUAUUGAAUUUAAGAGACAAACCAUAGUACACCCCACAUGUUUAUGUGUGUGUGUGUGUUGAAGUGUGCCAGUAUCAUUAUUAGGUUAUGCUUGGCAUUGCGCUCCAAAAGAUGCUAGUUUUAGAUUGUAAGAGAUUGGAAGAAGUUGUAGGAAUCUCUGUUAAAUGAAUUCUAGUGAGAUUCUUGUCAAUGUUUUAUACAAUACUCCUGGUUCUAGUAGUUUCUAGCCUAUGGCUAGCAAAACCACCAUGUGCUUUUGAAAUCUACAAGUAUAAUCUUAGGGCUGCAGUAACAUCAGACGCAAUUUCAAUCAGAAGCAAAAAUGCAAGCAGCAGGCGUUCAGGUAUUUUCAAGUUUGCUGCGAACUUGUAAAAGUUGUUUUAUCCGAUACAGUGUGGUGAAUACUCUUUAUCAUUGCUAUGAUUACCUUGGACAGAUACCUUCGAUAAUGAAUCAAUUUUUUCUUCAGAAUCUCAAAGCUCUCAUGCCAGCCCUUUAAAGCUUUUUGUGAAAUCUUGUGAUUUUCCUGAUAAUGCACUAGAAUACAGAGCAUAUCACUUUGGCUACUCAAUUUUGACCUAUGAACUCUCACUGGCUAAAGUCAUGGUCCCAGAUUUUAAGGCAACCCCAGGAUAAUAAUUGGCAUCUUUUCCCAGGACAAUCUUGGGGUCCUUUGUUAUGCCACUGACGGUGUACAGUAGUGUGGCCAUGGUGUGUUUGUGCACUCUCAAGCCAGCAACCCCUCCCAACUUCGGAUUUAACAAGUGUACCUUCUUUUUUCCUUAUGCUAAUUAAUUAUGCUUUGUGCCAAAAAUAUGUGAUUAAAAAUAAAGGCCCAGCAUAUGGUGGUCUUGUAUGUCUAACAUGGUAACAAUAUAGUAACAUGGGUUUGAUUUACAUUUUUUCUAAGAAAAUUUAAUUGCAUCUGAUGGCCAGUGUUUUGAUAUCCCCCUUUCAUUGGAAUCAUGAUUCUACAUAGUUAAUUUUUAUAAAAUGCUGUUUGAGUAAAAAUUAUAUAUGAGCAUUAAAAUGUAUUCAUAAUUUCCUUUCUCCUAUUAAAAUGUGUUAAAAAAAAUAAUGGUAAAGACAAUAAUUAUUUUUAUUAAUGUAAUUAAUGAUAAAGGCGUAAUUAAUGAAAAAGGCAACACAACAAUACUGUAGUUACUUUUCUUUCCAUUAUGCAUCAUGUUUGAUUUGUGCUAUGUAAAUUAAAAAUUAAUUUUGAUUUUAA